ACGCCAUGAGCCCCCAAAUGUGUUAUUUUUAAGUAAAACGGAAAUACUAAAGAUUACCUACAAGAAAUGCAUCUUUCAAACAUGGUUUGAAACGUAGGAUCUUAUUAAAUACAUAAAAAUGCUUACUGCAAAAGAUGACAUUGGACUCUACAAGUGCCCCUGCGGAGUUGCCGUAGAAUUUCCGCUGCUGAUUUUGUUCUGUAGGCAGAUUUGGAUGCCACAAGAAGAAAAAUUGAGAAGUCUCACAUUAUGAUGGCCCGUGACACUGGCAAUGACGAUAUGUUUGACUGUAUUCUGAUGGCGGAUGAAAAAUUCCGUGGAGACGGGUACCAUGAAGGCUUUAAGAGAGGGACCUACCAAGGCCUGCAAAGUGGCCGUAAACAUGGAGCUUCUCACGGUGCUCAACUGUUCACAGAGGGUCGAGGGGGCAUGCUGGAGCCAAUCCCAACCUGACUUUGGGCGACAGAUUUCCUUUUAUUAUGGUUUUGCGGUUGCAUGGAAAUCUCUUCUUCAACACAGAAUAGACCCCAAACUACGAAAACGCAUAAAGGCCCUUGAGUCUCUUCUGGGUUUGAUCCAGAAUUGCAGCUAUGAUGACCCACAAUCUGCAACGCUCCAGGAUGACGUGGACAGGCUUCGAAGCAAAUUCAAGCAGGUCUGUUCCAUCCUCAGCAUCCAAACAGACUUCAGGGAUUACAGCAAAACCUCGCAUGAGGCCUCUUUCUAAAUUUUUUUGGACAAGGAGGAAGAGCUCAGCCAAUCAAGGAAAGCUAUUCACUUCAUUGUUGGAAUGAAACAUUGAAGGUAGCACCCAAUCCACAUCCAAGCCAGCCCUGGACGAAAGAUGCAGUGGAAGAACCAUUCCUCCAGGGGAGAUACAACCGGGAUGCCCCCACACACGGUUAAAUGUACACAAGUUCAGGCAGGCUCAAGUUCAACAGAAAUUGACAAAUAUCAUCGCCAUUGUCACCUGCAGUGCCAGAGAUGAUUCUUUUUUUUGCAUAAAAGUUUAAAUAUUGGAAAUGUACUAUUUAAAUGGGAAGGUGACGGGAAAGGGACAAAACACAUACAUUUACUGGGAGAAAAUGGAAGGCUCAACAUUUUCUUUUUAAAAGAAGGGGCAUUUCCAUAAUAUCCAAAAACCUUGCAGCACUACCACCGUUAAACACCACCAAGACCAAGAAGCUGGUUGUGGACUUCAGAAGAAGCCACCCGACCGUGACUCAUCGAUGGCGUCUGCCUGGAGAAGGUCUCUGACUUCUGGUUUCUGGGCAUCCAGAUUGAGGAAGACAUGGCCUGGAAAGCAGUGACUGUAAAGUUUUAUUCCAUUCUAAUCUACAAAUUCUCAUAUUGGUACAACAUCAUUGUCCUCUCUUCUCUUUGACUUGGGUCUAGGAGGGUCUCUGGUCUGAUUGGAUUGCUCUAAAACACUAAAAUGAAAUAUCCCUCAUGUACACCUCUCAGUCUUAGCCCAUUUCUUCAAUGACCACGGUUACUGUAAUAGUUUUUUUUAUCUAUGUAACAGAAAACAAUUGUGUGUAAAACUGAAAAGAAAAAUUUAUUUUAGAUUUUACGGUAACAAUAACAGCCGCGAUUUGACAUCACACAUUGCACCCAUACUGCCAAGCAUGCCAUUGGAAGAAAAGUAAAAACUGGUAAAAAUGCCUAGGAAUUUGAACUGGAAGCUUUGGGGGGAAAAAAACAAAAACUUGGGUCAUCUGUGGUUUUCAUCCUGGUCGUAGAACUGUGGACCAGCUCUACACUCUCAGCAGGGUCCUUGAGGGUGCAUGGGAGUUUGCCCAACCAGUCUACAUGUAUUUUGUGGACUUGGAGAAGGCAUUCGACCGUGUUCCUCGAGGAAUUCUGUGGGGAGUACUCCGGGAGUAUGGGGUAUCGGACCAGCUAAUUCAGGCUGUUCGUUCCCUGUAUGACCAGUGUCAGAGUUUGGUCCGCACUGCCGGCAGUAAGUCGGACCCGUUUCCAGUGAGGGUUGGACUCCGCCAGGGCUGCCCUUUGUCACCAAUUCUGUUCAUUAUUUUUAUGGACAGAAUUUGUAGGCGCAGCCAGGGCGUUGAGGGGUUCCGGUUUGGUGGCUGCAGGAUUGAGUCUCUGCUUUUUGCAGGUGAUGUGGUCCUGCUGGCUUCAUCAAGCCGUGAACUUAAACUUUCACUGGAUCGGUUCGCAGCAGAGUGUGAAGCGGCCGGAAUGAGAAUCAGCACCUCCAAGUCUGAGUCCAUCGUUCUCGCCCGGAAAAGGGUGGAAUGCCAUCUCCGGGUCAGGGAUGAGAUCCUGCCCCAAGUGGAGGAGUUUAGGUACCUUGGGGUCUUGUUCACUAGUGAGGGAAGGAUGGAACGCCAGAUCGACAAGCAAAUUGGUGCGGCGUCUGCAGUGAUGCGGACUCUACAUCGGUCUGUUGUGGUGAAGAGAGAGCUAAGCUAAAAGGCAAAGCUCUCAGUUUACCGGUCGAUCUACGUUCCUACCCUCACCUAUGGUCAUGAGCUUUGGGUAAUGACCGAAAGGACAAGAUCGUGGGUACAAGCGGCCGAAAUGAGUUUUCUCCGUAGGGUGGCUGGGCUCUCCCUUAGAGAUAAGGUGAGAAGCACUGUCAUCCGGGAGAGACUCGGAGUAGAACCGCUACUCCUCCGCAUUGAGAGGAGCCAGAUCAGGUGGCUUGGGCAUCUGGUCAGAAUGCCUCCCAGACGCCUCCCUGGGGAGGUGUUCAAGGGCAAGUCCGACCGGUAGAAGGCCUCGGGGAAGACCCAGGACACUUUGGAGAGACUAUGUUUCCCAACUGGCUUGGGCCAAAUUGGCCGGGGAGAGGAAAAUCUGGGCCUCCCUGCUUAGGCUGUUGCUCCCGCGACCCAAUCUCGGAUAAGCGAUAGAAGAUGGAUGGAUGGAUGGAUGAAUGGAAACUUGGGUCGUCCUCUUGCACAGACCUGCUUGCUCCCUCCAACUUGUCCUGCUCCCUUGAUGUUUAGAGACGAAUGAGGAAGUGGUGAAUUUUCAACAUAAAGGCUAGUAUCACAUUUUGAGGUCUUGAUCUGACAACUCUUAAGUUUGCUGAAAUGUAGAAUUACUACAGCGUCUGCUGGGACAUUAACACGUCGGCAGCUGUUCAACUCCCAUGGAAAAAAAGCAGGCACACUUCACAAGUAAACAAGUGACGCUGGGAACACAGAGGUAGGUAGGAUUGCUAGAUUUAUGAUGUGCAUAAAGCACUUUGCGGUUCCAAUCCUGCCUCACAAACUGCCACUUUCAUAUUAGGUGUAUUAUCAUUCACAGUAGCGAUGCCAUAGCUUCUAUGUUUCCAAAGUGGUGUACGCCAAUUGUAAUGGGGGUACAAGAAUAAAAAUAAACAAUUAUCGCUGAACACUCGCACUCACGGCGUAAGAAUGGAGUAGAAAGGAGACAGGGCAGGGCAUGAGGUUGGUCAUUGCGCUGUGUGUAUUAUAUGAACAAAUAAGUAUGUUUGAUUAUUUUGUGCAUUAAGAGUUUUUAAUCAUGAAGAUUUUGUUUAUAUUGGUGUUCUAGUCCCUGCACGGCACAGCGGUGAAAACCUGUCACUGUGAGUGGGGAUUCCCCCCAAAAUUAGGCUUUAUCGUUGGUUGCAUGUAUUUUUAAGUACUUCCGAUGCUGCUUUAUCAUGAUUGUUAAACGCUCCCCUUCAAUUUGGUAUUAAAUACGUUUUCCUCCAUUGGUUUGGCUCCUUUUUUGAAACAGGAAUUACAUUCUCAAAACUCUAGGAUCAUUUGGCCAAACAGUCUUACAGUUGAGCACAACACCAUAGCUCACUUGCUAAUCUCUCUCCCAAAACUGUUCAUUCAUGCUUCAAAGCUAAUUCCUUUCCCAUAUGACUAGUCAGUACCCCCAAAAUGCAAAGAUCAUUCUCAAUUGCUUUGGCUCAUUUCCUGAAACGGACCAGACUUUCUCAACACUCUUGGUUCUCUUGGCAAAAUGAACUUGGAUGGUUCAGCACAACCCCAUCGUUCCCUUUGCAAAAGCUCACAUAUCUCCCAAAACACUUUACUCGUGUCAAACCUAAAUUUCUUUCCCAUAUAAAUUGUCAGUGGCCCCAAAAUGCAUCGUCCCUUUGGCAUUAUGUAAGCACUGCAAGUCAAAAUGUAUGGAUGUUAUGCCACUAUGGCAGAGGACCAUUGAAAUUUCCCUCAUGUCCACCUCUCAGUCUUAGCCCAGUUCUUCAAUGACAAUGGUUACUGUAAUCGUUUUUUUUUUAUUUUACGGUAACAAUAACACCUAAGAUUUGACAUCACUAUAUAAAUAAUAGCAAUAUAUAAAUAACAAUAAAAACUAUAUUUAUUCACAAAGUAACUUCCAUACAUCGGAGUACUAAGAAAACGUGUUUAGCUUGACAUACUGUAAUAUAAACACAAACAAAAACGUAGGUAAAUGAUGUCGCCUACAGUAGUGUAAAUAAAGGUGGAGUUUCACAACUGAAACUCGCCCUACCUGGGCGUCCACAUCCUGCUGUCUGUUUGGGCAAAGACAGACAAAGACUCAUACAGUAAAUGGUAUCCAUGGUAUUACAGUAUAUUACAGACAAAUUCUGACAAUUGAACAGACUAUUGUGCAUGUGAUGACUUAUACAACGAAAUGAUGCCAACAGGUUUUGGAGAAAACAACCAUUAGACUUGAGAAUCGACAAUCAGUUUAGAUCACUGGUUCUUAACCUGGGUUCAAUCGAACCCUAGGUGUUCGGUGAGUCGGUCCCAGGGGUUCGGCGGAGCCUCCACCACGGAGGUUAAGACACACUGGACCCAUCGUGUCAAUUCGUGAUGACACGCCACCGUUUAGCCAUCACUGGCUGCAGAUAAUCACAUUACAUUGCUUGCCUUGGCCAAUGAGUGCUACAAAGAAUUUAGCGCACUCAUGAUGCGUUCCAUUUGUACUUGGAAGUUGGAAUUUCCAAGUUCCUAGCGGGAACACCCGACUGAAACGCCCCCUGAAGUCGUAAUGUUCGACUUGGAAGUCAGAGCAUCCACACCACCUCUCAGUUAACAAGGAAUGCCUCGCGUGUAAACUUGGCAACUGGAACACUUUUAACUCGGAGAUCACGUCACUCUCACUCCGAUUACCAACUUCCGAGUACAAACGAAACGCACCAUCAAGUAGUCAACGUGUUACUGAUGUGGGAGUAUGUCAUGUGAUUUCGUUCUUUAUAUUUUAAUCCAUACUAUGUCGAGCAAAAAAAAAAAGAAAGUGGUCGGACGAAUAUGUACAGCAUGGAUUCACUUGUAUCACGAACCGUGACAGGAGUCAGCGUCCUGUCUCUGUCAUUUUGUGCACCAGUAAACAAACAUAACUAUGUCUUGAAUUAGAAAAAAAUAUAUAUUUUAUUUUUCACGAAAGAAGGGUUCGGUGAAUGGGCAUAUGAAGUUGGUGGGGUUCGGUACCUCCAGCAAGGUUAAGAACCACUGAUUUAGAUCAACACCAUCUGUUCAAUUGGAGAUUGUGCUAAAUGUAGGCUAACUCUGCUAACUGUUGCUACCUGUACUUAAUCAUUUGCGAAGAUGGUCUGAAACAUGUACAAAGACAUUUGCAAUUUGAUGAAAUGAAUGAGAACUUCAAUUCUGUUGUGAAUAAUUGUCAGGUCAUUUGUAGGUUUGUAUUCGGUUUUACGAAAUGAGCCAAACCAAUGGAGGAAAACUGUAAUAUGCAGACUUGAACCAUAGCCAUCCUGAGUGGACGAUAAAAGUGAUCAAUUUCAACCCCAUUCAAACGUAAAGAUGCCAACAUCAGACUGGAAUAAAAGAUAUGUAGGAUUACUUAUUUAUCAGCGCUCAUGUGAAACUUUAUCGAAAUGUGCCAAUGCAAAAUACAAAAUUUUGACCUGGAAUUACUGUACAGUUAAUUAACCAAUUAAUUAUGUUAGAUAUUUCAAGUUAAUUAAUUUUUAAAUGUGCAGGAGUAGGGGUAGAUGGCUUCAGGUCAAAUGUCUGAAGUGGUACACGAUAAUAAAAAGUUUGGGAACCACUGCCAUAGCUCAGUCUGACUGGCUUUUGGCUGCCCUGUUCUUGACAGACAGAAGAUCUUGUGACACGCCGGUGCGAUUAUGGGCACCGUUUCACUGUGUCUCAUUGUAAACAUACAACUCCAGAAGAUGGUAGAGAUACAUACAUAUUUGGUCCCAAAUGCUGAUAAUAUAUUGGAUAUUGGAUAAGAUAUGAUGACAUUAUUGAGUGCUAAUGUGCAUAUUUGUUCAGUAGUUAUUCAUGCUAGCAAACGCAUCAAACAGUGACGUAUAAUCUCUCUUCGCCUCUAGCUGCCCUGUUUCCACAAGACAGCUUUUCACUUAAACAAAAUAUAUCAUGUUUUAAUCCAACAAGCUCACAUUACACCCCUAUAAAUGCAAACAAAUGAUGAAUAAAAGGGAUAAAUGAACAUUUAAGGUUACUUUGACCUUCAACGAAGACGUGAUUGUUGCCAAAGAUAGGAUGUGGCAGCGACAUAAACACGGUGUUUUGCCAUGAGUGAUUUCUUGAAUUCAGUAGUGUUUCUCACCUCAAGUCUCUACUUUUAUUUUAAUCACAGCUGCAAAAUAAGCCAAGAUGGAGCCAAAGAAAGUCACAAGUGCCAGCAUUUUGAUUAAGGUGAGAAAUGCUAUUGAAUUCAAGAAAUAACUCAUAGUAAAACACCAAGGUAGUGUCCCUGUUGAUCUCGCUGCCACAUCUUGUCUUUGGCAACAAGCACAUCUUCAAUGGUCAAAGUAACCUUAAAUGUUCAUUUAUCCCUUUCAGUCAUCAUUUACAGGUAUGUGCAUUUAGAAUGGUUGUAUUCAUGUGAAACUAUAAAAACGCGCUUGUGUUAACUUUUUUGGCUUUCUGGAACAAAUUAAUUGGAUUUACAUUAUUACUUAUGGGAAAAAUGGAUUUGUUUAAGACUAAGUUUGGGGAAUUGUGGAAGGGAUUAAUGACGCUAUAUGGCAGAACAGUUAAAUGGAGGAGGAGGCAAACAGUCCUAUUUACAGUCAUAUUUAAUUAAACAUCAAGAAAAUACACUUGUGGAAUUAAAAAAUAGACUUAAUCUUCAAAUGAAAAGAUAUUACCAAAAGGUUGGGUCAGCAUCUUAACUUACAGUGUCGUAACAAUCAUAUCUACUCCCACAACCAAUGCAAAAAAUCAAACAUGUUAAACCAAAGCAACCUGCAGGUAACAUACAGGUAUUGAUAAAGACACCCCCACACGAAAAAGAUGAGCUUUGCACAUUUAUCAGAGUAAAUUCAGCAAUCGUGCAAGUCAUGACUCUUGGUGUGUCGUCAUACGACUAUUGAACAUACAGUACGUGAAGUACAUGAAAAAGACAAAUCAGUAUUGCAUGACAGCUUGGUGACUCCAACUUGGAAGAUAAGACAACUCAAACUGAUCUGAAUGGUGCAACAAAAUACACACAGCAGGUCUGCAACAUUUUGAUGGCAUCUUGGUAGCAAAAACUGAGAAUCUUAUCUAUAGAAAGACAUAAAACACAGCAGUGAUGUGUGAUCACAAAUGUGAUACAUUGAACUCCACUUGCUGAUGGAACGUCCACAGCAUGUUUGUGCAUUUCUGUUCAGAUAGUUAUCGUCGGUGCUUUAAGCCUUGGCCUACCCUGUACUUUGGUUUUUAAGUGAUAGUUACUUAUUUCCUGAAAAAAUAUUUCUCUCUCUCUCUCUCCAUCUCUCUAUAUCCUGUAUAUGUAUGUAUGUUGUAGUUCUUGAGUGAACCAUUGUCGAUGAGAGUGUGACAGCUGAUAGUCAGCGUGUCCUCCUGUAAUAAACAAAGGCUGCUACCAAAACCACGGAUGCAACUAAGGUUAAUGUCCUCCGGUGAGACCAUCCACUGAUGACACCUUCCUAGAAUGAAGGACACAAAGAAGAAGUACGGAAUGAUAUAUACAUUAUCAUCAUUCUUCCAUACCCAACCCAACUGCAUGACUCACCCAGCCCCCUUGCUGAACAAGCCAAUAGUAGAGCUGCUCCCUGAUAACUUGGAGCACCCAGCUGGUGACAAGUCGGAUGUUCUCUAGAUGGUUUGUGGUCAGUGCCUUUGAAAUCAAAUCCAAAAUACAACAGAAUAUUUGAGGUGGCAUGCGAAUUUGAUAAACUCAGCAUUUUCAUAUACACCAACAGAAAACAACAAAUGAAUUGUGGCUCCUGACAUAUUUGCAAUGUAGUGUAGUGGGUUUUUGAUCAAAGCAUUAUUAGUAUUUAUUUAUUUAUGUUUUAACUAAUGGGAAAACCUAUCCAAGGUAUGAUAGGAAGCUACCUAGCAUGCUUUGCGGGUUAUACAUUAGUAUAAAAUGUUAUUACCAAUGUUUACCAGAAACUUUACCAACAGUGGUGCCUGUGGUUUUAUCAGAGCGCUCGUGAUGCACAAACACCUAAAAUACCCCUUGACUGAUUAGGCUAAAUCAGGUUAGAAAAAUAUUAUUACAUUCCUAGAAGGAGCUCAGGACAGGAAGUGGCGUUGGGGGUUCAGAGUUGAGUCUGACUUUGGGUCAAAGAUGCACAGGAGCCCGUGUCUUUAUUAGGGAUUAUUAUGCUUGUUGUGAGAUCAUUCAAACCUGCAAUAAAAGCCUGUUGUCACGGCCAACA